AUGCGUAUAUAUAAAUGUGAGUACCGAUGUCGUAGCAUCACUUGUGAGCUCACCUCCGACGAUCUAACACAUUGCAAAAUGCAGCUGUUCAUCGUAGCCACCGCCCUCGUCGGCCUCGCCGCGGCAGCGUACACACCUUACACCGAACAAUCCAACAGACCUCAGGCCUCCUUUGAAAGGACCGCGCGGAUCCUCGCCUACGACUCUGACGUCAAAGAGGACUCCUACAGAUACAACUAUGAAACCGAAAAUGGCAUCAAGGCUGAAGAGCAAGGACGUGAGGUCGAUGGUAUUGAAGCGCAGGGAGGCUACAAAUACACUGGCGAUGAUGGUCAACUCUAUUCCAUCACCUACACUGGUGGUCAAGAUGGCUUUCUGCCCCAAGGAGCUCACAUACCCACUGCCCCACCGAUUCCUGAAGCUAUCCUGAAGGCUCUGGAACAGAACGCCCGCGAUGAAGCAGCUGGAAUUAUUGAUGACGGUUCAUACAACCCCGGCAAAUACGGCGGUGGUGCGGCCACAGGCUUCGCUCCCGUUCAGAACUAUGCGCGUGCGCAAGCGUCCGCAGGAUUCCGUCAGCCCUACAAAUUCUAAGACAUAAUUUAGUUUACAAGUUAAGCCUACUUUACAUUUAGAUCUACGGCUAUCAAAGCUUACUACUUGGUAAACAAAAACAUUUUUGAGAUUUUUUCUACACAUACCAGAAAUAAGCUAAAUAUAGAGAUUAGUUGCUAUUUGAAAACAUGCAAAGGCGUCUUUAUUGAUAGUUAGUAGUCUCUGUGUUGAGUUUAUGCUAAUUUAUUUUGAUUUCAAUUUACCAGUGUUGAUUGUUGAAAUAUAACUCAAAAUUGGUAAAGUUAAAAGCUAAUAAAAAAUGGCAUUUUAGAAUAUCAACUCAAAAAUGUUUUUUAUAUCGUUAAUUCUGUUCUUUAUCUCGCAUAGGUUCUUAUUUCUAACAUAUCUCUCGAUUAAUUGAAGUAGAAUCUUAUAAACUGGACGCUGCAUGGUCUUUUCUUACAAUAACCGGGAAAUUAUUUCCUAUUUUGAUAAGAAACAAGUAUUGACGAAAUGUUUCCAAUUAACAUUCUCUUGUUUAUUAAUUGUACUAAUUAUACUCAUUUCGUUUAUACGUGUUUCUAGUAGUUUUGUAUUUGCUUUUAUACUUUAUACUUGUUAUUUUCUUUACGUUUGUUAGGAAGAUAAAAAUUUAAUAAGUACAUUGGCAAUUAAUGACGGAGUAUUUCUUUAAUGAGGCUACACUUUGUCUUUUUUCUCUAUUGACCUAACUUUCUUACGUCGAGUUCCAAUAUUCAAUCUAUCUUUAUUUUGUUAAGUUACUUAGCAAUGCUGUUAUUUUUUUUUAAUUUGUAUGAUCUUUUUUGAUAAAUAACAACGAUGCUAAGUACGCUAUCGACACAUUUAUACAGAUAAAUUGAAUAUUGAAACCCGACGUUUCACUCCCCUACUAUCUUAAUGUAAAACGGGCUUUAUGUUUACAAAUUAGCGUAUGUUCAGUAUGAAAUGUGAAUGUGAUAAUAAACUAAAUCCCAUAUUUUUGUAGUUAUACCCAUCCAAUUUAUGGAUAAAUAAAUAAUAGACUAUUUAUUCUAUGAAUAAAAAAUGAAUUUUCAAAG